AUGGAUAUCGGGAGCGAUUGGCACCAGGACCUCCCCUCGCCAAUGAGCAGUUUCAGUCCACACGAUACGAAUUUCAGAUGCCAUUCUGAUGGUGCCACUCGUGGGACGACGUGCUCUGGGGCCGCCUGGAUUCUGGUGGAAGCCGCGUUCGAUCAUGACCAGUGCGAACACACGUUUAUUGUGGCGAUGCGUGAGAUUUGUCUUGCCUCGCCAGUGGCGUUUUUUAUUGCAGCAGCCAUUGCGCUUGACGGUGCGACAACUUUUCUGCACAAUGUCCUUGUUCAGUUUCACAUCCACAAGCGCAGUGCAGCGAACUGA